UAUAAACCCCUCGCAAGUUACAUGGUGAAGAGGGGGGGCCAAAACCCUCUAACAACAUUUCACUUUGUUUUCAGCUCAGAAUCAGAGAUUCUCUUUGAACAAAGUUUCAGAAAUGGCGAGAGCGGCUCUCCUUCACUUGGCUCGAUCACGCACCAGUCAUCUCACUUCCAGAAACCUUCAAUCUGGUUGGUUUCUGUCUAUAUAUCUACAUCUGUACGUAUAUAUCUACAUGGUUGUCAUCUCUUUAGAUUUGGAACAUGGCAACACACUCCAAGUGCCAAAACUAACCUCAACUCUGCCAUACAGCUUGCUGCUGUCCAGAAAAGAUGGUCAUCUCAAUCCACUGCUUCAGAAGAUGACAGCAAGAUCAGCAUUGGACCUCGUAGAGGCGGUGAGGCGGGGGACAAAGAAAAAGACAAUGGAGUUACUUAUUAUGGUCCAAUCUCUUCUACUAUUAAGAAAGUGAAGAUGCUCUCUCUUUCCACCUGCUGCCUCUCCGUGUCUUUAGGCCCUGUUAUAACUUUCAUGACUUCUACUAACUCGAAUGUGAUCCUUAAGGGUGCAGUGGCAUCCACAGUUAUAUUCCUCAGUGCUUCUACGACUGCUGCCCUUCACUGGUUUGUGAGCCCUUACAUUCACAAGCUCAGAUGGCAGCCCGGUUCUGACAGCUUUGAGGUGGAGAUGAUGUCAUGGCUGGCAACAUAUCUUCCAAAGACUAUUAAGUUUGCGGACAUCAGGCCAGCAGAGACCAACAGGCCUUUCGUGACGUUUAAGGCCAACGGGAACUUCUAUUUUGUGGAUGCUGAGCACUGUCAUAACAAGGCUUUGUUGGCGAGACUGACCCCACAGACGCAGGAGUCCGCUUUUAAGAACUUGUGAUUUGCAGUUGCAGUUAUAUUCCAACAGGAGUAUUUUGAAGGUUUGCUUGCUGUUAGGACUUAGGAUGAUAUGUUAUAUGCUGGUGUCUGGUUAUUAAUCUGGAUAGUUUGAGCCUUUGUGCACGUAUCUAUGUCUCUUUUUUUUCGUUUUAUAGUUAAAUGAGAUGACAAAGUUCGAUUGAUUCGACGAAUAAAUGAACAUUUCUGGUUAAAA